CUGCUGGGAGCGACGCGGGGAAGCUGCCGAGCUGCCUGUCAGGAUCCCCUGACAUUUCGGUGCCACCGACGUAAGCUCUGCUUUGGCCAAAGUGCACCGAGCUCUCAUGGCGCUGCGGUUAACGCUAGGCCGUUCUCAUCCCCAGCCCUGCAGGCUCAAGGCUGUUUACAAGAUGACUACAAUAACAUCUUCAAGAGGACCUACAGAAGUGGUUAGUGCCAGAAGGACAGAGUUACGUGAUGUUUCUGAUAUUAUCAGCCUCUUCAGCCAUUUUACAGAAGAUGUUUUUGGAAGGAUUGAUGUCAUGCACCUUUUAGAAAAAUCUAAUCUUUCUCUGAUACUCUGCAAUGAGAAGAAUGAGGUUAUAGCCCAUGCUGCCUUUCUGGACUAUCCAAAUUGGAAUAUCACUGAUCAGUCUGAUUGGGAAUCAUUCUUACAUAAAAACUACCUUAACAACAAAUGCACUCCUUUGAACACGCUGUUCAUGCAUCUUUUUGUGGCAAAAGAGGAAUAUGCAGCUGGAUGUUCCCAAGAAAUUAUUAGGAGGGUUUUUAUUGCAAUACCAGAACUGCAGUUUAUACUUCUCUUCAUACCAGCUGAUGAGAAUUUAGAGCCAGGCUUGGAAAGUGUCUUUGAAAAGAUGAUAACUGCUCCAGGUUCAGCAGUGGAUACAAACUUUACUUUGCUUGUGAGCCCCAGACAUCGGUAUCACCCGCAGCUGCAUGUUCGCAAAGCAAGGUUGGAAGAUUACAAUGAUCUCAUGCCAAUCUGGACGCGUCAGAAUGAGACUCUGAAAGAAACCUAUAGUGAAUAUUUCCUUGCUGAUAUAAUAGAACAUCAGGAUGAAGAAAAUCAAGCUGUUGUUUGUGAGGCUGGAGACACUGCAGUGGGAUUCAUGAGCUUAUGCUCUCAAGUAGAUGUUUCCUUGUUUCAUGCAUGUUUUGACUUAGGGCCUUUCCAUGGACUCUGUAAACCACAUCCUGAAGAUGUUCUCAAAGUGUCACAGGAGCCAAGCAUUCCAGAAGGUGAAGAUAAAAGCAACCAAACAAGUCAGGAAGCAGAGUCCAUUUCAUCUCAAAAUGUGGAACGUAUUAGUGACCAAGAUGCAGCUGUGCAGAAAGGUGAAGUGAUUACCAUUUCCCAUACUGAACUGCUUUUAGAUUAUAUCACACACAAAGAUUUUAAAGCCUCAGCAUCACCCCUCCUUGAGACUGAAGAAAAAGAUACUUUCCAUCCAGUGUACAGAGGACCUUCAAAUACUGUCUGUAUUCGUCUAUUUUGUAUUGAUGAGAAGUAUGAGACUAGAUCACUGGAUUUUUUGCAUUAUGUUUUCAAGCUUUUUCCAGACAAAGACUUCUGUAUCAUCCUUGUGCCACAUCAUGUGCCGGAGUUCUGCUUGAUCCAGAGUUUUGUUCGUGUUGUCCCUUACUUUACUACCCAGCUUGGCCAUGAGCUUUACGUGUUCCACCGUGCUGGAUUGCUCAAGUCCUUUAAUGUAAGAAGAGCAACAACAAAUGAUAUACCUGGUGUCAAAAUGCUUAUUAAAACCCUUAGCUUGAAUGAAAGUAUAUUGAAUGACUUAAAGAUAUUUACUUUGGCUCGCAGGGAUCCAGAUGGGACCCCAGUACAAGCAUUCAUAGCAGAAGUUUUGGAUCAAAUAGUUGGCAUUUCAGUCAUUAGAGAUGAAAUGGAUAUUGAGUAUAUUCGAUCACAUUACAAUAUUGAAGACUUUAUUCAUUUUAACCACCACCAGCAAGAGGAACAUGGACGUCUUUACCACUUUGCCUUAAAUCCAAUAUUUCAUCACUAUACCAAACACUUUCUAAAGGAGAUUCUUCGCUUAGCCCACAAAUCUUCUCUUUACUACCCUAUUUAUCCACAGUAUGAAGAGGGCAAGUUUCAGAAUCCUUGUGCCCAUUCCCUGACAUCUGCCCUUCAUUACAUGGUUCCCGUGCGACCAAGACGACAGAUUGUCUAUCCUCUGGAAGAGCUUGGCAUAAACGCUCCAUCAGAGCAGGUCUCCAAGGAUCAGCUGAGUUACUCUUUGAACCACAUAAAUCGAAAGUUAAUAACGGAAUCUAAAACGUCCAUCAACAGUAGAAUUGUGGUGGUUGGUGCAUCUGAUGUUGGAAUCUCAUUUCUAGAAACACUUGUUUUUUGUCCGCACCUGAAGUUUAACAAUCUGACCUUGAUUUCAAUUCAUGGCCUUCCAGGAAAAGACCUUCCAGCCUCCAAACAUAGAAGAUUUUUAAUUAACAGCCACUGUUUUAAUGAUGAAGAUUAUGCACAGAUGUCACUUUGUUCCUGGGUUAACAUUGUGGUUGGUAAAAUGAUUGGCAUAAAUCGCACUGCCAAAUAUAUAGUUAUUUCCAAGCAGAGAAAAGUACCGUAUGACUACCUUGUUCUCUGCAUGGGACAGAAAUACCAGGUCGUGUCUCCUACUGGAGCAGAUGUCAGUAAACUCCCAACUAACAGAGAUGUCCUAAGUGAAUGGCCACAGAGAUACACAGGGAAAGUCCCUUCCAAUCAUUUUACUCUCAAUGACGAUCAGGACUGCUUAAAGGCAAUGCACUGGCUGGAAGAAAACAUCGUCAACUCAGAAGGGAACGUCAUUGUCUAUGGGAAUACAAUUGACAUUUACACCACGGUAGAAACCCUCUUAUCUCUUGGAAUUAAUGGUUCUCGCAUACAUCUCGUGCAGCCUCCACUCAGCUCAAAUGUUACUUGCCUUAACAACAGUGAAAUCGAAAGUGCUGUUCAGGAGGCACUGUCAGAGGCUGGUGUGUCUGUUUAUUAUGACAGUAUCCUGGCACAGUGGAGCAAAGGCGACGACCCAGACCUUAUCACUUGUGCUGCUUUCACUACUAAUACAAAACCAUUCAAAUUGCAGUGUUCGGCAUUUUUCAGCUUUGCCUACAGGACUGUGGAUUAUGAAACCUUUAAGGCAAUUAAUGAUGCUUGCCUUGUUUUUGAUGGAAGACUUGUGAUUGAUACUGAAUUCCAUACUAAUGAUGUCAGUAUCAGGGCUGCAGGUUCUUUAACAAAGUACUCCAGGAAAUAUUAUGCAGAUGAAUGGACACACAGCAACUUCAAUUCAAAAGAGAUUGGCUUUGAACUUGCUACAUCUAUGCUGAAUCUCUUUGAUCCAACCCUUAAGCCCUUUUCUAAGCCACCAGAAGGCAUGGAUAGCCUCAUCCCCAUGUACAAGGGGUGUAAAAUUAAAGGAGGUGUUCUUCCCAGAGGUUGUAAUUACUUGCAUAUUUCCAAACCAGAAAUCCCCAUCCACUUGGACGUAGAGCUUGCACUGUCUGACCAUGGUAUGGAAAUGAUAACUGGAAAGGCAGGACAUGGGAAUUAUUUUAGAAUGCAUAUCAACAAAUACAGCAUGGUAGAUAGCAUCACGUGCUUUUCAAAGACACCCUUUCCUGUGUCCAACUAUAUUUGCUUGUAUGGACAGCAUGAACAUCUUCUUAAUGAUCUUCAUUAUCGCUGGAAUGAAGGGCAGAUUACAGACCUUUACAGCUACUUCAGGGAACCUUGGUCCAUGGCCAUCUAUCACGAUCGGUUUAUUGAUCUCAAGAAGGAACUGCGCCAAAUCCUGCUGUCGGAACAGCUCAGCUCACUUCGGCAUGCAAAAAAGCUAGUAAUGAAAUGUAAAAGCGAGGAAAAAGCAUGUCUUCCAGAGAGCAGGGUAAGAACCGAGGGUAAACACACACAGGUCAGCCGUUUCCAGUUACGGUUUCCACAGAUACUGGUGAUGAGUCUCACGUGUUUAGGGGCAAUGUUUAAGGAAAUAUUUAAGGAACACCGAAGCAACACAUGCCUAGAGGGGCCAGCUACGGCUGGCACGGGAAGUGUUUUCAAGCCCCGUACACAAACCUUCACUCAGCGCUGCAAACGGCGUGCGCACGGCUCGGGCGUGGUGCCCGUGCCCAGCGCCCGGCCCUUUCCCUUCGGCUGGGUCCCCGCCAGGGCCGCCAGCACGGAGCCUGAGGGCCCUCGCGGGGCGCCACGCGAGGGGCACACGGCGGAGCGGCUCCGCUCCGCGCCGCGGCUGAGCGCUGCCGACUCGCAGGUGCCCGGGCCGCCACCCGCGGCCGAGCCGCUCCCGGAGCACCCCACGGACGAGCAGCCGCUGCCUCCAGAGCCCGUCCUGCGCUACCUGCACCGCCACCACCCACACCUCCCCAUGUACGCCCGGGCCGCAGGUGAGCGGGGCGCCGGGGGACGAGCGGGCCGGGCCGGGCUUUGA